ACAGGGGAUGUUGUCUUGCACAACAGUACAGGAUGACCAGAGACUGCGGGGACACAGUACAGGGAUGACCAUAGACUGCGGACACAGUACAGGAGAUGACCAGAGACUGCGGACACAGUACAGGAUAGUGACCAGAGACUUGCGGAACACAGUAACAGGAGAUGACCAGAGACUGCGGACACAGUACAGGGUAAUGACCAGAGAACUGCGGACACAGUACAGGACGAUGACCAGAGACUGCUGGAACAGUACAGGAUGACCAGAGACUGCGUACACAGGAUGCACGGGAGAUGACCAGAGACUGCGGAACAGUACAGGGAUGACCAGAGAUGGGGACACGUACGGAGAUCCCCGGAGACCGCGGGACACGACGGGAGAUGCCCGGGAGACCGCGGACCCAGUACAGGAGUGCCAGAGACGG